CGUCCGGCGGCGGGCGGCAGUCAGGGGCGGGCGCGCCUGGCGGGGCCAAUCAGCGUCGCCCACGACCCUCCCCGGAGGAGCUGAAGCCGCCGCUCGGUGGGGCCCGGCCCGAAGCCGCCACUGUCGGGACGGGGGCGGCGACGGAGGAGGAGGAGAUGGUGUCCCCUGCUGCCUCCGCCGGGCGCCUGGGCUCCGCGCUGCCCUUCCUGCUCGUGCUCCUCGACCUGCAGUACCAGGGAGCUGAAUGUGGAAUAAAUGCAGAAGUGGAAAAGCAGCUUGAAAUGGGAAAGAAAUUAUUGGCUGCUGGACAGCUGGCGGAUGCUUUGUCUCACUUUCAUGCAGCUAUAGAGGGAGACUCUGAGAACUACAUUGCUUAUUACAGAAGAGCCACUGUGUACUUAGCCAUGGGCAAAUCUAAAGCAGCAAUUCGCGACUUAAGUAAAGUGGUUGAAUUAAAGCAGGACUUCACAUCAGCAAGAUUGCAGAGAGGACACUUACUGCUUAAGCAAGGAAAAUUCAGUGAAGCAGAGGAUGACUUUAAAAAUGUGCUCAAAUCCAAUCCUAGCAAUAAUGAGGAAAAAGAAGCCCAGACUCAGCUGACAAAAUCUGAUGAGCUGCAGCGCCUACAUUCUCAAGCAUUAUCUGCCUACCAGCAAGAGGAUUAUGAAGCUGCUAUUUCUCUUCUUGAUGAAAUCUUGGCAGUUUGUGUUUGGGAUGCAGACCUACGGGAACUUCGAGCAGAGUGUUAUAUAAAGGAAGGGGAACCAAGCAAAGCCAUUAGUGACUUGAAAGCUGCUGCCAAAUUAAAGAACGAUAAUACUGAAGCCUUCUAUAAAAUCAGCAGAAUAUAUUAUCAGCUGGGGGACCAUGAAUUAUCUCUCAGUGAGGUCCGGGAGUGUCUGAAACUGGACCAAGACCAUAAGCAAUGCUUCUCUCUCUAUAAGCAAGUAAAGAAGCUCAAUAAGCAGAUCGAGUCAGCGGAGGAAUUAAUCAGGGAAGGCAGAUAUGAAGAUGCUAUCAGUAAAUAUGAAUCUGUAAUGAAAACUGAGCCAGAAGUCCCAAUUUAUUCUACUCGUGCCAAAGAAAGGAUCUGUCACUGCUUAUCAAAGAAUCAGCAGGCUACAGAAGCCAUCAAACUUUGUACAGAAGUUCUGCAGGUAGAACCAACCAACGUGAAUGCCCUGAAAGACAGAGCAGAAGCGUAUUUGCUAGAAGACAUGUAUGAAGAAGCGAUUAAAGACUAUGAGACUGCUCAAGCCAAUAGUGAAAAUGACCAGCAGAUCCGGGAAGGGCUGGAACGUGCCCAGAGAAUGCUGAAGCAAUCACAGAAGAGGGAUUAUUAUAAAAUCCUGGGAGUAAAAAGAAAUGCUCGAAAGCAAGAAAUCAUAAAAGCUUACAGAAAGCUUGCAUCCCAGUGGCACCCUGAUAACUUCCAGAGUGAGGAAGAAAAGAAGAAAGCAGAGAAGAAAUUCAUUGAUAUUGCAGCUGCUAAAGAAGUCCUCACUGACCCAGAAAUGAGGCGGAAGUUCGAUGCGGGAGAGGACCCACUGGAUGCGGAGAGUCAGCAGGGCGGCAACAACCCUUUCCAUAGGAGCUGGAACACAUGGCAAGGAUUCAACCCCUUUGGUUCUGGAGGAGGACCAUUUACAUUCAAAUUUCACUUCAGUUAGAGCCAAGACUGUUUCUGCUGGCUGCUGCUGUUUUUUACUUAAUUCAUUGGAAAAUAAAAAGUCUCUCAGUUCAAGACCCAAAAUAUUAAUUUCUAUAAUGUUGUCCUUAACCCAGAGUCUUACUGCACUAGAAGAAAGCUCCUUUUUUUCUUUCAUUGGGUUUGGUUUGUGAUGAGCUUGACAUGCUCGCACUGAUGGGGGCUGUGCUGCCUAUGUAUUUGCUGUGGAUAUGCAGAACAUGUUUAUUCCUAUGGACGGAAAAAACAGUAAGAUGCUACUUAGGACAACACUUAAAAACCCAAGUAUAUGCUUAAAGAUAAAAAUGCAUGUAAAUAUUUUUCUGGAUUGGGGCCUAAUAAACAUGGCAAGGGUAGUUACAGUAGUCUUUAGGUUAACAAACUGUUGGUUGUGCUCAGCAGAAUGAUCCAUCUCCCAGUAUUUUUAAGAGGAAACCCAAGUGACCACCUGCUGGAUUGAUGUUGGCAGUGUCAGAGGUGGGGAAGAGGCUGUGUGCUGAACCAGUCCCAACAAUUGCUCUGGAUAAAGAGUGCUUGGGAGUAACUGUAUCUGAAUUACCUGCUCACUCUGUUAUUCACUAACCUGAAAUUGAUUGGGGUGAUUUCCUUGGUGGAAUUGUCAGCAGUGAGGUGGUGGUGGUGGUGGAAGGACUUGUUUUUUCGAAAAAACACUUUUCUGAUUGUGAUUUCAGGUGUUUGUUUAGGUAUGACUUUUGAAUAGUUUGCACUUUAACAAAAUAUCUGCUUGAGAUUUGAGCAGACAAUUUAAUGUGACAGUUCCCUGACUGCAGUGAUUUGUUGGUUCUGUACAUAAAGUCAAACUGAGACAGGUUGUGAUGUGAGUGUACUGCAGGAGUGUGAUAUUAACUCCAGCCUUACCCUGUAAUACAACUUAAUUCUGCUGGGUGAUGCAACAGGGAGUUAGUAUUACAGGAAAGGAUAGUAAUUUUGUGUUUCAUGUAACACCAUGGAUACUGCAGAGAGAACUGUGUGCAAAGAGAGGGACUCACUUCCCACUAGCCAAAAGUCUGUUGUAAAUUUUUUUUCUAUAUGCACGUACUUAAAAUGGGUUUGGUGGAGUUGUGUGAAUGCACUGUGUGGUGUUACCAGGGCUGCAGCUGGUAGGAGUGAGGAGUCUUCUUCUGUAACUGCAUCUGUCAUAAUUACUGACAUAAUUACUGAGUUUCAUUAGCAGCCGUUUUCUUGGAGUGCAAGAAUUACAGUUCAUCAGUGUUCUCUUGAUUGGAUUUUAACUGGAAAACAAUAAUCAGUUGAUAGGAAUCCUCUCUCGCUUCAACUUCUGACACUUGAAAACCUAAGCUGCCUCAGUAAAACAAAUGAAAUUAGCAAAU